AUCUCUCACUCUCUCGCUUUGCUACGAUCAUCAACCCAAUUACUUCAAGUGGUUACGAUUCAGUCAAUCUUGACAACCACAUGUGCAUGAUUGAUUGGAUUAUUAGAUUGCUGGAUAUGGGAAUAUAUUUGAGCGCUCCGAAAACCGAUAAGGUAUCAGAAGAUGGUGAGAAUGAUAGACUUCGAUUCGGGGCUUCGUCUAUGCAGGGGUGGCGUUCCACCAUGGAAGAUGCUCAUGCUGCUUUGUUAGACCUCGACAAUUCAACAUCUUUCUUUGGUGUUUAUGAUGGUCAUGGAGGUAAAGCUGUGGCAAAUUUCUGCGCCAAGUAUCUCCACUUACAAGUGCUUAAACAGGAAGCAUAUCUAACUGGCGAUUUAGGCACUUCCUUACAGAAAGCUUUUCUCAGGAUGGAUGAGAUGAUGCGUGGACAGAGAGGAUGGAGAGAACUAGCUGUAUUGGGUGAUAAGAUAGAUAAAGUUUCGGGCCUUAUUGAAGGGUUCAUCUUUACUCCCAAGAGUGCUGAAGCCAAGAGAAGUGCAUUCAAUGAUCAAAUGGAUCAGUGGUCAUCUGAGGAGGGGCCUCACUCUGAUUUUGAUGGACCAACCUCUGGAAGCACAGCUUGUGUCGCUAUCAUCCGAAACAAUCAACUUGUUGUUGCCAAUGCUGGUGAUUCGCGUUGUGUAAUAUCCAGAAAGGGUCAGGCAUAUCCUUUGUCUAAAGAUCAUAAGCCUGACAUUGAGAAUGAGAAGGAAAGAAUUCUGAAGGCUGGUGGAUUUAUCCAAGUUGGACGGGUCAAUGGAAGUUUAAACUUGGCAAGAGCUAUUGGUGAUGUGGAAUUCAAGCAAAACAAACACUUGCCUGUUGAAAAGCAGAUUGUAACUGCCAAUCCAGAUGUACAAAGUGUUGAGAUUUGUGAUGAUGAUGAGUUUCUUGUCAUAGCUUGUGAUGGAAUAUGGGACUGCAUGUCAAGCCAACAACUUGUGGAUUAUGUUCGGGAACAAUUGAAGCAUGAAAAUAAACUGUCGGUGGUUUGUGAGCGAGUGUUUGAAAGGUGCUUGGCGCCCUCAACAGGCGGAGAAGGAUGUGACAACAUGACAAUGAUCUUGGUUCAGUUUAAGAAUCCUGUUAAUUCAACUGCUUGUAUUGGAAACAACCCUAUGUCAUCUGAUCCAUCACCUGAGAAGGCUUCUACUGGGAACCAGCCUCUCUUGUCUGAUCCAUCACUAGAGAAGGUAUCUACUGGGAACAAGCCUCUCUCGUCUGAUCCAUCACCUGAGAAGGCUUCUACAGGGAACAAGUUUCCGUCUGAUCCAUCACCGGAGAAGGCUUCUACAGGGAACAAGCCUCUCUCGUCUGAUACAUCACCCGAGAAGGCUUCUACAGGGAACAAGCCUCUCUCGUCUGAUCCAUCACCCGAGAAGGCUUCCACUGGGAACAAGCCUCUCUCGUCUGAUCCAUCACUUGAGAAGACAUACACUGGGAAUAAGCCUCAUUCAUCUGAUCCAUCACCUGAGAAGGACAAAAGCUUGGGAAAAGCUAGGUAG